GCUUCAGGACACCUUGCUUCUAUCUACUUCUUCUGUCCUUUCUUCUCUCCUUCUUCUUCUCCUCAAACUCAUCCCUGCUGGAUGAUGCUUUAGCUGCUACUCCUGAAUCCCCUCUCGCUUCUUCCUCCCCCGCAAUCAUGCUGCAGCCCAGCUCUGCAUUGCUUUUCGUCACGUCGCUUCUGGCGGCGUUGCCUGUCAACGCUGAUGGGUUGUAUACGAAGAAAUCCCCCGUCUUGCAGGUCAACCAGAAGAAUUACGACCAGCUGAUUGCAAACUCCAAUCAUACUUCGAUCGUAGAAUUCUACGCCCCCUGGUGCGGCCACUGCCAGAACCUAAAACCCGCCUACGAAAAAGCCGCAACCAACCUCGACGGCCUGGCCAAAGUCGCGGCCGUCAAUUGCGACGAUGACGACAACAAACCCUUCUGCGGCCGCAUGGGCGUCCAGGGCUUCCCUACCCUUAAGAUCGUCACCCCCGGCAAGAAACCCGGCAAGCCCCGCGUGGAGGACUACAAGGGUGCGCGGAGCGCCAAAGCGAUCGUUGAAGCAGUCGUCGACCGAAUCCCCAACCACGUGAAGCGCGCAACAGAUAAAGACCUGAACACCUGGCUCGCGCAGGAUGAAGAGUCGCCCAAGGCCAUCCUCUUCACGGAGAAAGGCACCACCAGCCCUCUCCUCCGCGCCCUGGCCAUCGACUUCCUCGGCUCCAUCCAAGUCGCCCAAGUCCGCAACAAGGAAACCGAAGCCGUCGAGAAAUUCGGCAUCACCGAGUUCCCGACCUUCGUCCUCCUCCCAGGAAACGGCCAAGACCCCAUCGUCUACGACGGCGAACUGAAGAAGAAACCCAUGGUCGAGUUCCUCAGCCAAGCCGCCGCUCCUAACCCGGAUCCUGCUCCUAAGAGCUCGACCGCACCCCGCGAUAACAACAAGAGGAAAUCCACCGAAUCUGCUCCAGAGCCCAAGGUCGCCCAGGACGACGACACCAAACCCGCCAGUGUGCCCAUCCCGGCCCCUCCCAUUGAUACCCUCCCCACCGCUGAAGCCCUCGAGGCUGCCUGUCUGAUGCCGAAAUCCGGUACCUGCGUGCUGGCUCUCCUCCCUGAACCGAGUGAGCCCGACGCAGACCUCCCCGCUCCGGCCAAGGACGCUCUCCUCAGUCUGGCUGAGAUCUCACACAAGCAUGCUGUUCGUAAGAGCAAGCUCUUCCCGUUCUACAGUGUCCCGGCUAUCAAUAGCGGAGCUAAGACCCUCCGCGCUGGGCUCGGUCUGCCGGAGGAUAACUCUGUGGAGAUCGUUGCUUUGAAUGGACGUCGUGGCUGGUGGCGCAGGUAUGACUCGGUUGAGGGCGCAGAGUACGGCCAGGAGCGUGUCGAGGCUUGGAUUGAUGCGAUUAGGUUGGGUGAGGGCGAGAAGCAGAAGUUGCCUGAGGGCGUUGUCGUUGAGGAGGUGGUUGAGGAGAAGGUUGAAGAGAAGGUCGAGGAAGUAGUCGAAGAGCCCGUCGAGGAGAAGCCGGCGGUCGACCACGACGAAUUGUAAAACACAUGAGCCGUAUGGAGUGCAUGAAUUUGUUUAUUAGCACAGGUGUUUAUUAGGUCACAUAUGUAAUUCGGACGAAGCCUGCUAGUUACUAUUAGCUGGUUUCUCAUAUUACGCAUCAAUAGCAUACAUAUUGUCUACUGUC